CUGUGCUUUAUUAGGCACUUGAAGUAGGAUUUGAACCUUUUAGACCAGAGGCCGGUGAGUGCUUGAGGUCAUGUACAGCCAACAGGUUUACCCUUCAUUUACUCCGAACCAUGAUAUCAUCCCAGAGGGGUUUGAGGAUUACUACCACCACUGCCAGGCCUUCUUCUCCCCAGCUGCGUGGCCAGAUAAUGGGGAUCUGGGGGGGCACCAGGCACAGGUCGUGGCUUGGAACCACGCUCCUCAGCCGGAGCCCCCUGGUCACGUCAAUCUCUGUGCGCCUCAAACUCAUCAGCUAAACAUGGAGACCCCCUGGAUGGUGGAGAGCCAGAAGAUCGAGGAGAGUGAGGAUUCUGAUGGAUCGGAAGAGGAGGAGAAGAGUCACCCAGUUCUCCAGUAUUGCCCCCGUGACUGUACUCCAGCCUUCUGGCCGGGGAGCCCCAAUUUUUCCAGCCAGACCCAGAAAAACGCCAACGUUCCAGGCUCCGAUUUGUAUCCGACACCGCCCAACACACCGGUGGAGACGCUGGCAUUUAACCUGGAGAGUAGCUGCUCCACCGAAGAGGUGGCCAAAGGGAGCGACUCGCUUGCCAGCCAGGCCAUGACCAGCACGGGGGCCCAGAAGAAGAUUUUGUCUGACAAACUGAAGGACACGCUGGAAAUGCUCAGUGAGAUGGAAAUUGAGCAGUUUGCUAGGAACCUGAAGCAGAAGCGGUUGAAUAUGGGCUUUACACAAGCAGAUGUUUGCUACGCCAUGGAACUUUUGUAUGGAAAGGCGUAUAGCCAAACAACGAUCUGUAGGUUUGAAUCAUUCCAGCUAAGUUACAAGAAUAUGUGCCGGAUUAAACCCUUUCUACAUCGCUGGCUGCAAGACGCUGAAAACAAAGAGAGCCACCAAGAGCUGAUCAGGCAGGCACAGGCGCUGGCUCAGUCCCGGAAGAGGAAACGAAGGACAGGCAUCGACGGCUUUGCGAGAGAGAGCCUGGAGACUUAUUUUAUGAACUACCCCAAACCAUGUCCCAAGGAAUUGGAACGGAUUGCUGAGGAGCUGCAUAUGGAGAAGGAUGUGGUCCGUGUGUGGUUCUGUAAUCGCCGUCAGAAGAGGAGGUGUCUGGUUUUGAAGGAGCUUAGUAACCAAGGUUAUGAACCGCAACAUAUCGUCCAUCAUGUUGGAGUUUUUUCUCAUCAGAUGCCAUUUCCAGGGUAUACGUCUGGGUCGCCACCAAUGUACAACCCUUCUUUUUACCACAAAAACGACAUGUUUCAACAACCUGCGCCUUACGGAAUGCAGUUUGGAAACCAAAUCUUCUAACUUUGAGUCUAAGACUUCUUUGAAAUGGAACUACUGGCCUUCCCUGCUUGUACCAAUAUUGUGUUCUGGCUCCAGUGUGAAGAUCUUUUAUAUUGUAACUUGCAUUUUAGACACUUUUUAAUGCUUUGCAAGACUCUUGAGCGUCUCUAAUUUUUAAUCUCAGGUUUGCCACUGUUUACCUUUUUCGAGCUACAAAGUGGAUGUCUCUCCUUCCUUAAAUUAGGUGUUGAUUAGGAAGAGCUCAUGGUCUUUGUUAUCAAAUGAGAAGAUCUAAUAUGGUGUGAAGUGGCUUGUUGGGAGGGUUUUAUUCUGUUUACCUAUUUUAAAAUGCCUUCCACGUCAACCAAUUGUAAUAUUCAUUGCUAGCCAGGUUGGAAUUGGAAGGACCUUCUGAAGUUUGGAUAUCGGGUACCUGGCUCCCAGCUUGAGGCUUAUGGAGGAGUAGCUAUAGAGAUGGCCUUUUUUGAGUUAGGA